CGUUAUCGCACUUGCUGCGUGUAUUCACUGGCGGCCAGUAUAGAGGCUGUCGAGGGAUUUGAAUCACCAAGGCCACAUGCCUUCUAUUUUUAAUAUCAUAACAUCACUAAGAUGCAUUCUCCAGGGAUGAAUAGUAAUUUCUUCAACGAACUCAGGAAAGGUACUUUUGAAUUUCGUUUGGAAGCUUUCUCUUCGUGAUUUAUUUCAUAUAUUCUAAAAGGUUCAUUAUCUCGUGACUGAGUGAGAGCGGGAGACAGCAAGCAUCUCCCGGUGAAAUCGCGGCGCCGCGAGCAGAAACAACCGGUGUGUGACUAGUCUGACAAGGGUGGGGGCAAGGAUAACACCUCUGCCCGGAUAAGUCUCACCCCACCCCGGGGGCACUCACCACCAGGUAACUCGAUACAUGUGCUAUCAUUAUCACCAUCAUCAUCAUCAUCACCUAUAUUACAGCGAAAGUGUGCCGGUGUCAGAGUACGGUGGCAGCACGACCAAACACCGCUACGGCCUCGGCAACAUCGAAUCGCUAUCACCGUCUUGGGAUUCUUAAUAUCUUUUCUUGGAUACUCUGUUUCAAGCCAUAGAGGACGGAAAAAUAACAAUCGAAGGUUUACUUUAUACAAGUCUCAUGACAAGUUUGUCACCGUGGAUGUACUCUACGUGGUUGUGGCAGCCAUUUUUGUGAGUGAGACGUACGGUGAUCGUUGACCACGAUGGCAUUGACGAUGAAAACCAUGACAAUGUGGUGGUUACACACGACAUUGAUUUAUAUAAUCAUGAACAUCACAGGUACCGCAGCAUCCAGGGCUGCUGAAUUACUGUACGCAAACUUAACAGAAGACUACAACAUCUUCAUCAGACCGGUCAAAAACGAAUCCGACCCUGUCGUGGUCAAGUUUGGACUUUCCAUAUCACAACUCAUAGCAAUAGAUGAAAAGAACCAAGUGAUGACAACAAGUGUCUGGGUCAAACAUGAAUGGCAGGACCAUCAUUUAAUGUGGAAUCCAGAGGACUAUGAGGGUAUCACUGAACUCCAUAUUCCUGCUGAAAACAUCUGGCGACCUGAUAUCUUAUUAUACAACAAUGCCAAUGGGAAUUUCGAUGUGCAGUUUCUGGUGAACGCCAUAGUAAAAUACACGGGGACAGUCACGUGGUUGCCACCCGCGAUCUACAAAAGCUCCUGUACAAUAGAUAUCGAAUACUUUCCCUUUGACGAACAAUCGUGUAAGAUGAAGUUCGGUCCAUGGACUCACGAUACACUCAAGAUCGACAUGGCGUCCUCUAACGAUGUCGUUGAUCAGGAGGACUAUUGGCCGAACGGUGAAUGGGAGAUCGUCGAAUCGCCGGCGACGCGGAACGAGAUUACCUAUCCGUGUUGUGACGAUAAAUACGUGGAUGUAACAUUAUAUUUCAAGCUGCAUCGGAAACCGUUGUUUUACGUGGUCACACUCGUAGUGCCUUGUCUUCUUAUUUCCUUCCUCACAAUCCUCGUUUUCUUCCUACCAUCAGACGCUCAGGAGAAAAUAACCCUCUCCAUCUCCAUCCUCCUGGCCCUCAUCGUGUUCCUUCUCCUCAUUCCCGACAUCAUCCCACCGACAUCGACCACGCUGCCGUUGAUCGGUCGCUACAUGCUUUUCACCAUGGUGUUGGUAACGCUCUCCAUCACCAUCACCGUCGUCAUCAUUAAUUUUCAUUUCAGGAACGCUCGCACGCAUGAGAUGUCGUCGUCGAUGCAUUACAUCUUCCUCGUGCUCAUGCCCAAGGUCAUGUGCAUGCCGAGGCCGACGAAGCCAUUCGAACACGAGAAGCACAAAUCGGCCAAGAAGAUGAAGAAGAAACUCGCGUCAGCGGGUCUGUGUGGGAGGAUUUUUGGAGCGUCUUCCGAUAAAAGAUUCUUGAGGUCUGGAGCGCAGUAUGUGAUUGAUACCAUAACACCAUCGUUGCUUGAAGAGAUUGAGAGUAGGAACAGGGACAUUAACUCGUCCAGUGCGUCCUUGCCCAAAGAAUGCAUGGAUAUGCUGGACUCUCUCGAGGUCAUCGCAAUGCAUAUGAAAAGAGAAGAUGACGAAGAUCAGAUAAGCGAAGACUGGCGUUUCGUUGCCUUGGUGAUGGAUCGUAUGUUCCUCUUUAUCUUUGCUCUGAUGUGUCUGAGUGGAACCGUAGGCAUCAUAUUACGAGCGCCAUUACUCUGGGAGGCAGCGGAUCAUCAUAACACCACCAAUUACACCAAGCCUAUUGUCUUGGAGACGCAGUCCUUCUACGAUUUCAACCCCACUACUCCGGUUUAUUAAUCUGGAGACGCAAUCCUCAAACGUUAACACUACCACUCCUGCGUCUUAAUCUGGAGAGUGACGCAGUCAUUCUAUGACUCAAACUCCGACACCCUUGCGUUUUGAUCUGGAGACGCAGUCAUUCUAUGACUCAAACUCCGACAUCCUUGCGUUUUAAUCUGGAGAGGUAAUCCUACAACUUUAACACUACCACUCCUGCGUUUUAACACAGAAACGCAACCCCUCUAGAAUUUUACCACUCUUCCCCGGCGUUUUUUUUAAAUCUAGAGACGCAGUCCCUCCAAGACUUUGACCCCACUCCCUUGCGUUUUAACCUAGAGACAACAAUCCUUCUAUGACGUUGAUCCCACAAACCCUGCGUUGUAAUCUUGGAAAGACAAAUUGCAUGACCAACGACACUUACCUAUUGUUUUGGAGACGUCGUCAUUCUGCGACGUUAAAACCGUCGCACACGAAGCGUUAUUUCAAUUGCGCUAUUACCUGCGUCAAUGAGGCCCGUCAGGGUAAAUUUUCCUUGCGCCAGUAAUUCAACGCAAUAUUUUCUUUGUUCAUUACAAAUUUUGAUAAUAAGGUUUGGACGCUGUUCACGCUCAAAUGACGCCUUUCAGAACCGCGCCAGUUGCUGACGCGAUGGGGCUUUACUAGAAUAAGAAUCUUAUCUCAAACACUAAUGGUUACUUAUAAAUAACUUUCUGCGGCCAGUUUUAAAAGGUAACAUUAACCACCGACCAAAAAUCUAUAACCAAUUUGUAACGGUAAGGGGAGAACGACGUAUUAAACCUAACUGACCACAAAUGAUGACUGGUAGGCAAUGAUCCUUUUAAAUCGGGCAAUUAUCGGAGAGACUUUGCAUCAAUUUCAUGAAGAAAAAACAACAACUUAUAUCCGACGGAAGGAAAAUUCUGUUAUAAACAGUUUAACAAACUGACAUUGAAGUGAACAGCACAACAACGAGGAAACUACUCGACAGAUAUGUCAUUAUGCAAUGUUUUGUGGAAUUUUCUAAAUCUGAAUCUUCCACUGAUCAAUCUCGUUUUCUAUGUGUGUGUGGGUGUGAGUGUGUGUGCUAUCAAUACCGAUUAACGUAUUUACCAAGAAACCAAUAAUAUGAAUUUUUGUUUGAAUGUAUGAAAUAUUAUGACUAUAGUCUUUCUAUCAUUAUAAUCAUUUUGCUAUAGCUGCUCAGUAUAAUUUUAUUUACUGUCAUAUUCAGAUAAGGAAAAACUAAAAUGCGGUUAAAUUAUGUCGUAUCAUCAAUAAAUUGAACUGCUAAAAUUGUUAACAAAGUGUGUAGGCUUUCAACAACUCCUUUGAUAAAAUAAUUGAGAAUUAACAUUAAGGUAAACUUAAAACAUGUUUCAUGAAGGCGAUGAAUUUUGUAGGAGUAGAUAUGCGGUCUCGUUGAUAUUUUUACAAUUCAUAAUUAUAUUGCCAUAUGCAAUGAUUUUGGCUAAUAAAUACUUGGCAUGGAAUAAUCAAUUUUUCUUCGAAAAAUAACUUGCAUUUACUGAUUCACGAAACGAAAGAUACAACAACAUAAAGAUUAUUGACGGUUAAGUAGAUCAUACAAUUUUCGAGUAACAAAAAGGAUGAAAGAUAACUACGGAAAUAAAAGUGUUUACGUUAUACAUGAAAUUCACUAUCGCGAUGUAUGUUUGCAUCCCGCAAGUUCUUAUGAUAUCUGUUAACUCAUUAGCAAUAUAUUAGUUUCAAUGUUACCCUCACCUUUUUAUACGAAAGAAAUAUAAACCCGCAUUGUUAUAAUCACGUAUAAUCAUAGAAUAAAUCAAAUAUUUUGACUUUUGAGUAGAACGAUUAAGACUAUACCACCGAUAUUUCAAAUAUCUGAUUUAAUAUUAUGAUAUUAUCUGAUUAUACUACUGCUACUAUAGAUGAAGGGCAAAACAAGAAUGUACAUUUUGUUCAACAAUCUAAACUUGAAUGUUCAGUAUUGGUUCCUACGCAUGGUCCUAUGUAUAAUGUAAGUCUUUCUCUACCAAACCAUAUCCUUUUUGUUUAUCAUCAUGACGCAUAUUUUGUAGUAAAAAGAUUGUAUUUUGUUUUUUUGUUUUGUUACUUGCAUUUGAUUUAAAGAAACGUCGCAUUCACCUUUCAUCAGGUACUGUACAUCUCAUGGUUUUUAUUUUGUCAUAAUAAAAAUAAUAAUUGUAAAUUGUUUUUCAUUUUUACGAGUGCUAAAUGAAGUAUGUUUAUUGAACUACUACUCAUGUAUGGCACAAGACGAAAAGUUGUAUUUUAUGGAUAUUAUGAAUCUUCUCUCUUUUUGGCAUGAUGAAUUUGAGAUGAUAAUGCUAAAUAUGAAAAACUUUUAAUCUUUGAAGUUUGUUUUAAUGGGUAAUAUUUUCACCAAACCAAUAUUUUAAUUUGGGGAUGAGAAAGGAUUUCAAAAAGUUUUGAUGCGUUGUUCGGCUCCACCGCUACGUUUGAUUUAACUAACUCUAUAUAUUUUUAUUACACUGAUAGACAUUUCCGCUUGCUAGUCAUAAUUUUCAAGCACUAUAACAUUACGACUAUAUUGUUAACUGUUUGUGUAAAUAAGACACUAUAUAUGAAAAUGGCUAUGUUUAUAAUACUAUAAACCAAUAAGAAGUACUAUUUAUGAUAUGAAAACAAGUAUUUGAAGUUCUUUACUUACAAAACAUAAAAACAUGAAGAAAAAAAA